AUGAUUGCACUGCUGGCAGAAGCCAGGGCAGAUCCUGAGGUGCGAACAAGACAAGGGGUAUCACCGCUGUCCCUUCUGAUGAGCUCGUCCGUUAAUGCAGCUGCCCCAGAUGUGUUCAUAAAGAUUCGCCCAUUCAACACUUUGCGUUCUGGGGCAUUGUAUUGGGAUAUGCACAGCUCUGGUUUCGGGUCGCCAAAGGGUUUUUUCCGGAAUGCAGCGAUGGAGCCAACUCAGCUUGCAAAGCCAGCGCGGAAGGAGUUUCCAGAAACUGCUGAAGACAGGUGCAGCCGAUGA